GAAGGUAAGGAGAUGCACUCCAUGCUGGCCGGGCAAGUAGCGACGCGAAUGCUCUUGCGAUCUUGCUUCUUCAUUCCUUCUCCUCCUUGUCGCCCCCUGACUCUCUCUUCUUUCUCUGCUCUACCUUCUGUGCUUCAGAGGCAGUUUCCUUCCUGGAGAACUUUAAGCACUCGGCCAACACCGAUAGUAGAGAUGACUGGAUGGGAUGAUAUGUGGAAACGAGAUGGAGGCCUGAAGCCCGGCCAAUACUUUGACGCGUGCAAGUCUAGUCCUGUGCUACUUGAACUCAUUCAAGAGUGGAAAGUGAAGUAUGCUGAUUACAGCAAUGGCAAGCCGGAUGCGCUUGUGCCGGGCUGUGGAAGGGGAUACGAUGUGUGCGAGUUUGCUAAGAUAGGAUUCAAUGGCUUGGGGCUGGACAUAUCUCCAACAGCAGUCAAGGCUGCCGAGGAAUUCAAUGAAUCAGAGUUGAAGAGUGCUGGAGUGUCAGCAUGGAAGGGAGAUGCAAAGUUUUCUACCGAUGAUUUCUUCACGCUGGAAGGAAGAAAAUUUGACGUAAUCUAUGACUACACAUUUCUGUGUGCUAUCGAGCCAAAUAUGAGAAAAUCCUGGGCGGAGAAGAUGAAGCAGCUGUUGAAACCAGGCGGUGAACUGGUCACAUUGAUAUUCCCCCUCGAAACUCGUGAAGGAGGUCCCCCAUAUGCGAUGUCGAUUGACCUGGUCACAAACCUUCUGGAGCCCGAGGGAUUUGUCUGCGAUUAUCUUGAAUCUGUGCCGGAGGGAAAGAGCCACAAGGGACGAGGUGGGAAGGAGGCGCUUGGUAGAUGGAGACUCAAGAAGUAAAAUUCUAAAGAGUUCGCAUUCCAGUGUCUAGCUACAAUACUUUUUUUGAUUGAAUGCAGUUUAUUCU